UAAGGAGGAGAAAUGGUCCAGCCAGAUGGAUAUUCACAAAACUCCUCAAUUGACAUUGUUUCGGUCAUUCUUCGACCUCCAAGUUCACUGAACAUCCUGAUCUCCUCAAACACCCCUCUUCUCUCGAGAUAUUCACGCCGCAAGCGACCGCCCCCACCAUGUUCAACGACCACUCCAAAGCCAGCAUCGCACAGAUCAUCUUCUAUAUCCCUGUUAUCUUCGUAUCAGCAUACCACGCAUACUACCGUCACAAGCGACCGCGUAUGUCAUGGCUCAUUAUACUCUUUUUCUCCCUCAUUCGAGUUGCCGCGGGCAUUCUGGUGAUUCUGUUUGAGCACAAGCCCCGAACUGGCAUCAUGGUGGCCUCGAUUAUCCUGCUCAAUACGGGCGUGUUCCCCCUGAUCGCUGCGACCCUGGGAUUCAUCCGCAUCAUCCUGGCACAUGAGAAGGAGGUAGUCACCCCACGAAUCAACCGCUGUCUGAUGUUCUCGCGCAUGCUGUUCUUCGUGGGACUGGGCCUGCAGAUUGCCGGUGGGUGCCUCGAGGGCAGUGAUAGCGCCAGCGACGUCGCGACGGGGGUGAAACUCGUCAAAGCCGGAUACAGCAUUGUCGUGGUUUUCGAAGCCUGUCUGCUCCUCGUGCAGGCGUAUCUCUGGAUGCACCUUCCGGACCUCUCGCACAUGAGCUACAUUGUUCUCAGGGCAAUGGCUCUGGCCCUACCCUUCCUCGUCGUGCGCAUCACCUAUUUGUUUCUCUCGGUUUUCCAUGCGACCGAUCUCCGAUGGAAUGAUCUCGCCGGUCCGAUCGCUCCGUUUGUUCUCAUGGGGCUGCUGAUGGAGUAUGCCGUGGUUUGGAUCUACCUUGGCACGGGAUUCCUGAUCCCCAGCUGGCGAGAAAUGAAGGGGGAUCGGGUCGUUUCCAUGACGAGAUAUCCUUUAGUGGAGCAGGUCUGAGGUGAAAGCUGGUUUGGCGAGUAAGUUGCACGGUGAUAAUGAUGGCCCCGGCCUCAUGUGGCGUGGAUGAAGUGGCCCGCUA